GCCAUAUAUCUGCUGCUACAAAUUUGCAAACACCACAACUAUAUACAACAGCAAGAAACAGAUAGAUCGCUUAAAGCUCAAAUUUUCGAGUACCUAGUAAUUUCCUUUAGAUAAAGAAAGACAGGAUAGUGAAAUAAAGAUGGUAGCUGAUUGGGGGCCAGUGGUGGUUGCAGUGGCGAUGUUCAUCUUACUCUCACCAGGAUUGCUAUUCCAGUUACCGGCGAGGACUCGGGUGAUUGAGUUCGGGAACAUGUACACCAGUGGGAUUUCCAUCCUAGUUCAUGCCAUCUUAUUCUUCUGUAUAUAUACAAUCUUGAUAGUUGCCAUUGGUGUUCACAUACGAUCCGGUUGAUACUGGCAACAAAGUCAGUUUUAUAAGUUCUCUUCGACCCUGCUGCUCCAGCCAAAUUCUCAACUCUUCUUUGAUGGCUUUUGCUGAAGGGGGAUUCUUGUUUUAUCAACCUUUUUUCUGUGUUUGUUUUCUUUUGAACUAGUGUGAUAUUCUGAAAUACUCUGACAAAGUGUUGCCCUCAACAUCAAUGUUUAUCAAAUUCAUGCAAAUGAAGUUUUUGGACCACUUUUAUCUUAUUCUCUGUACAUGACGGUUCUUAAUAUCAACUCUCUUUUUUUUCUUU